GUAAAGUGCGGUAGAUUGGAGCACCUCAGUGGUUUAGGCCGCCUGUGAGACUGGAUCUCACCCCCUCCCAGUACCCUUCCUCCGGAGAUCCCUCUUGGCCUGUCUAGCUUAUACACAUUUUCCGAUUUCCUGUGAGCCUCCGCCCUGCAGCAGCGGCAGCGAGGUGACUCAGGACCCCGGUGGCCAGCAGGCCCCCAGCUCUGUGAGAGCUUUGUUUGCUCUGGCCUUCUGGCUUGGGGCGGCCAAAGGAUUUCCUGAGCCUCGCCCUUGCCCUCUGACAGCUAAGGCAGGACCAGCCAACCUAGCUGAGGCCUGGGGCUGGGGGAUUGGGGGGCCCCUAAACUGAGUAGCCAUUCUUCUUUCAUGGGUCUUAGGAGAUGGAACACAGAAAGCCUAGGACUGGCCAGAGAGCCCCCGAGGAUGAGAAAGAGAUGAUCCGUCGAGCUAUCCAGAAGGAGUUGAAGAUCAAGGAGGGCAUGGAGAACAUGCGUCGUGUGGCCACAGACCGACGCCACCUGGGCCAUGUGCAGCAGCUGCUCCGGGCCUCCAACCGCCGCCUGGAGCAGCUGCACGGCGAGCUUCGGGAGCUGCAUGCCCAAGUUUUGCUGCCAGCCCCAGCCCACGAGCCAAUGACCUCAGGACCCCAGCCACGGGCAGAGCAGUCGAGGGCUCGGCUCCUGGAGGCCUUACAUAGGCAGCUGGAGGUAGAGCUGAAGGUGAAACAGGGGGCUGAGAACAUGAUUCACACGUGUGCCAGCGGCACCCCCAAGGAGAGGAAGCUCCUGGCGGCUGCCCAGCAGAUGUUAAAGGACAGUCAGCUGAAGGUGGCCCUACUCCGAAUGAAGAUAAGCGGUCUGGAGGCCAGUGGGUCUCCAGAGCCAGGCCCUGACUUGCUGGCAGAGGAGUUGCAGCACCGACUGCGAAUAGAGGCUGCUGUGGCUGCAGGUGCCAAGAAUGUGGUGAAGCUGCUUGGUGGCCAGAGAAUUCAGGACCGCAAGGCACUGGCCGAGGCUCAGGCCCAGCUCCAGGAAUCCUCCCAGAAGCUGGACCUCCUACGGCUGGCCCUGGAAUUGUUACUGGAGAGGUUGCCUCCCACCCACUCUCUUCGCAGCAGGGUGACCCGAGAACUGCGGAUGGCCAUGCUUGGGAACCCCCAGCCUCUGGGGACACUUGUGAAACCCAUUGCCCUGACAGGGACACUGCAGGUUCGCCUCCUGGGCUGCAAAGAACUGCUGGCAACCGUGCCCGGACGGUCUCCCAUGGCUGUCCUGGCAGCUAGCCCUUCUGAGGGCUGGCUCCGAACCAGGUCCAGGCAGCAGCGUGGUGGAGGCGAACUGGCCAGUGAAGUACUGGCUGUGUUGAAGGUUGACAAUCGUGUUGUGGGCCAGACAGGAUGGGGACUGGUGGCUGAGAAAUCCUGGGACCAGGCUUUUAGCAUCUCCUUGGACCGAGCUCGUGAGCUGGAGAUCGGGGUUCACUGGCGGGACUGGCGACAGUUGUGUGGUGUGGCAUUCCUGAAGCUUGAGGAAUUCCUUGACAAUGCCUGUCACCAGCUUUCUCUCAGUCUGGUGCCGCAGGGACGGCUCUUUGCCCAGGUGACCUUCUGUGAGCCUGUCAUUGAAAGGAGGCCGCGGCUGCAGAGACAGAGACGCGUUUUCUCUAAGCGGAGAGGCCAGGAUUUCCUGAGAGCUUCCCAGAUGAACCUCAGCAUGACGGCCUGGGGGCGCCUGGUCAUGAGCUUGCUACCCCCCUGCAGCUCCCCGAGCACAGUCAGUCCCCCUAAAGGGUGCCCUUCGGCGGCAGCCUGUGAGACCUCCAGUUCUGCUUCUCCCAGUAACUUCCGGCCCGUGAAGACUCUCCCAGGAGAAGACAUGAAACCUCCACCCAAGCCCCCACGCCUCUAUCUGCAGGAACCAGCCCCCGGGACUCCUUGUACCAAGCGCCCCCACAUGGACCCUAGAACUGGAGUAGCGCCCCCUCUGGCAGCCUUGUCCACCAGGAACCCCCCCCAACUUCAGGACUUCCGAUGUUUGGCUGUGCUGGGCCGGGGACACUUUGGGAAGGUCCUCCUGGUCCAGUACAAAGGAACGGGAAAAUACUACGCUAUCAAGGCACUCAAGAAACAGGAAGUGCUAGGCCGGGAUGAGAUUGACAGCCUGUACUGUGAGAAGCGGAUCCUGGAGACUGUGGGUCGUACAGGGCACCCGUUCUUGCUCUCUCUCCUUGCCUGCAUCCAGACCUCCAGUCACGCCUGCUUUGUUACUGAGUUUCUGCCCGGAGGAGACCUCAUGAUGCAGAUCCACGAGGAUGUCUUUCCUGAGCCCCAGGCCUGCUUCUACCUGGCCUGUGUGGUCCUGGGGCUGCAGUUCCUACACGAGAAGAGGAUCAUUUACAGGGAUCUGAAAUUGGAUAAUCUACUACUGGAUGCCCAGGGCUUCCUCAAGAUUGCAGACUUCGGACUAUGCAAAGAAGGAAUUGGCUUUGGUGACCGGACCAGCACUUUCUGUGGUACCCCAGAGUUCCUGGCUCCUGAGGUUUUGACUCAGGAGGCUUACACUCGGGCUGUGGACUGGUGGGGGCUCGGUGUGCUGCUCUAUGAGAUGUUAGUGGGUGAGUGUCCGUUCCCAGGGGACACGGAAGACGAGGUGUUUGAAUGCAUCGUCAAUGCUGAUGUCCCAUGUCCCCACUUCCUGUCAGCUCAAGGCCUCGAGCUCAUUCAGAAGCUCCUCCAGAAGUCCCCAGAGAAGCGUCUAGGGGCAGGAGAGCGGGACGCCGAGGAGAUCAAGGUUCAGCCAUUCUUCAGGACCACCAACUGGCAGGCCUUGCUUGCCCGCACUGUCCAGCCCCCCUUCGUGCCUACCCUCUGUGGCCCUGCAGACCUUCGUUACUUCGAGGGAGAGUUCACCAGCCUGCCUCCAACCCUGACCCCACCAGUCCCCCGCCGUUCCCUCUCUGCUCGCCAACAAGCUGCCUUCCGGGACUUUGACUUUGUGUCUAAGCGGUUCCUGGAGUCCUGAGGGUCUCCUGGCACCUCUGCCAGAGUGUAGGAAGCCUCCACUUAUCCAUGUGCCUGGGCCAAAGGAUUUAAUGAGUGUGAGAUUCUAGGUAGUGGCCAUGGGGCUGCCGUUCGAGGCUUUUCUCGGUGUUGCUGCUAUAACCCCUCUCCUUAUUCUUCUGCUUCCUGGUAGACCCCAGACCAGGAAAGACCCCACAGCAGCAUGGUUGGUUUCUCUUUUUAAUACUUGACUUCAUAUAGAGUAUUAAAUUAAUAAAACUGUACACUCGAGGUA